AGUACAGCAUGGCUCUCUAAUGCAAUAGAAGCAUUGACGGUGUGAAUUAAAAUAAAGUCCAAACUACAAAACUCAAGCUAGCCAAACCAACCCCAACGUCAAUAAAAGGUAUUAAAAAAACCAUUCAUCCGCCCCACGUUCUCAACGUCUCCCUCAUACCAAUUCGCACUUUUCACACGUAAACUUUCCUCUCUCCCCCUCUCUAAAAAAACUUUCACCGAAACGAAACGAAUCUCAAGCUAGCCAGUGUAGGCUCUCCUCCAUCCCAACGGCAAGAAUAGCAGAGGCUGCGCAAAGCAGAGGAAAGCAGGAGCAGAGCAGCCCCAAACAAGCACGCACAAGCAAACAUCUCCCUCCCGGUCUCCCCCAAACUCCAAACCCUACCCCCGCGCUCCAUUCCUGCCCACCCCCAUUGCCCCUAAAGCAGCCAAGCACGCCGCCUUCCUUCCCCGCUUCCUCCGAUCUAAAGCUUUGCCGGAGGCUGGAUUGAAUUGGACCGAGCAAUGCGCAAGGCAGUCAUCAACGCCGUCCUCUUCCCGGCCCUCGCCGUGGUCCUCGCCCUCGCUGUCUUCUACUUCGUCCGCCGCCGGCGCCGGCGCCGCGGGGGACGCUCGGUGCUGCCGUCCCACGUCGGCGGCGGCGGCGCGAGGGCGGACCGGCUCCAGGCGGCCGGCGGCUCCGGCGGGUACGUCGCCGGCGGGGAGGAGGCGCUAGUGCGGUUCCCCGGCGGCGAGGCGCUCACGGUGGCCGCGAUCCUCGAGGCGCCCGGGGAGGUCGUGGCCAAGUCGGCGCACAGCACGCUGUACCGCGCCGGGCUCAGCGCCGGGGAGGCCGUCGCGCUGCUCCGGUUCGUGCGCCCCGCCUGCGCCGCGGGCGCCGAGGAGGCCGCGGCGGCCGCGAGGGUGCUCGGCGCCGCGCGCCACCCGAACCUCGUGCCGAUCCGCGCGCUUUACAUCGGCCCGCGCGGGGAGAAGCUGCUCGUGCACCCCUUCUACGCCGCCGGCUCGCUCCGCCGCUUCCUGCAAGAGGGAAUCAAUGAUUCACAGAGAUGGGAGAUAAUUUGCAAGCUGUCUAUCGGCAUUGUCAAAGGACUGGACCACCUUCACACAGCAUCGCAGAAACCAAUCAUUCAUGGCAAUCUCAAAACAAACAACAUUAUGCUUGACGCCGAUUUCCAACCCAGGAUAUCAGACUUUGGCCUCUACCUCCUCCUGAAUCAUGCUGCUGCACAAGAGAUGCUCGAGACAUCUGCAAUGCAAGGGUACAAGGCUCCAGAGCUGAUCAAGAUGAGGGAUGUCACAAGGGAGAGCGAUAUCUACAGCUUGGGAGUGAUUAUGCUCGAGAUGCUUGCUCAGAAGGAGGUCGUAAAUGAUAAACCACCUAAUGCCCGUGACAUCCAUUUGCCAGCCUCUUUCAAGGACCUUGUACUCGAGAGGAAGAUAUCUGAAGCUUUCAGUUCCGAGCUUAUCAAACAAAGCAAGAAUUCAGGGAAGGAGGAGAAUCUAAAUGCUUACUUUGAAUUGGCAACAGCUUGCUGUAACCCGUCACCGUCGUUGAGACCGGAUACGAAGAAAAUACUCAAAAGGCUUGAAGACAUAGCAAGAUAACAGGUGGAUGGGCGAGGCGAGGCUCCAAUGCUAUUUAGAAAGUGUGGUGUUGUAGCAGCAGAAUAGCUUGGUUGUCUCUUGUAUUGUCUGUCUUACUUCUUGCAUACAACAGAGUUUGUAUCAGGCAUUUGGAGAAUGAUGGUAACCUAAGCUAGGAGCGACAAGCAUGUAUAGAAGAGUAUACUUUCCACGCCACACUACAUAGGAACUCAUUAGGGCACAUAAUGUGGGUGCUUUCGACGUGGAAAUUCUAUAAGAUUUCCUUUACUGCAUUUGUCUUUCUUGAA